AUGUUAGGCAUUAUCAAACGCGCGCUGUGCAAACCGCGCGCAGAGGUAUAUGGUUUGGACCAUGCAAUUCUCAACAUCCAGUUACCGCCGCAGGCCAUGUGGAUGAACAUGGGGUACUGGGAGCACACAAAUGACUUCCCUGAAGCCUGCGAAGCGCUCCUGCACCAAGUUCUCACGGCUGCGCUAUCAGCAGAGACGGCAUCUGCCGUGAGAAUCUUGGAUGUUGGGUGUGGAUGUGGUGAUCAAUCUCUGUACUUGAUGAACCAUUUAAAGGACUCUGCUUCUUCGUCAGAUUUUUAUCCUAGAUCUCAGACUGGGACAACAACAUCCAGCAAUCUCUCCGAUACGAAAGGGUCAGGUUCAACUAUGCGGUCUCGUCAUCGCCAGCCCGAUUUUCAAUCUUCCUCUUUGCCGUGCUUGGAUUCCUAUAUCGGAAUCACUCUUGAGCCAGCACAGGCUGCGCUUGCCUCACGUCGUCUCCACAAGACGCAGCGAGAGAGUGACAACUCCAUCCCCGCAGAGAUCUUCUGUGCAGAUGCUGCAAACCCUGGCUGCUGGACUGGGGAGCUGAAACAAGCAGUCACAACAUUUGAAGCUCCAUCGACAAUUCAGAAACAAACGCAGGAUAUAUCGACGUGGCUCUUGGCCCUGGAUACAUUAUAUCACUUCCGUCCCUCCCGCUUACCCCUGUUGAACUAUGCAUAUCACACCCUCAAUGCCUCCUUCAUGGGCUUUGAUUUGAUCAUAUCCAACAGGAUAACAUGGUGGGAAAAGAUCCUCUUACGAGUUGUAUGCUGGGGCACGAACUCUCCAUUCGGGAAUUUCAUUUCCGAGACAGAAUAUGUGUAUAUGCUCGUCGCAGCUGGAUAUGAUCCUACGCUUAUUGAGAUUCGCGAUAUCACACAACACGUCUUCGGAGGCUUGGCGGAUUUCAUCGAUCGUCGGGUUGAAGAGGCCAGGCCGUUUGGGAUCAAAAUGGGAAAGUUCCGUGUAGCAAAGACUGCUUUUGCCUGGUGGGCGACAGGGAGAAUUGUUAGAGGGAUUGUUGUAGUUGCGAGAAAAAAAGGAAUCGAGGUUUAG